AUGGCAGAAGAAAUUCCUGAGCGAAUGCAAAAUGUCCGAAAGGCGGUUGAAAUAUUACAAAUUUGUCAAAAUGAUUCGCCAUGUAUUAUAACUCAACAAUAUGGUUUUAUGAAAUUUGAUGAAGAUGAACUUGAUGCUACUACACGUCUUUCACAAUACAUAAGAUUAAGUCUUAAGACAAAUGCUCAUACAGUUGUGAAUUUUAUGCAACAAGGUUGGGGUUUACCAAAGCCUGAUUUAAUUAUAUCUGUAACUGGUGGAGCGAAAAGUUUUGAUAUGUCAGCACGUCUUAGAAAAAUUUUUCAAAGUGGUCUUAUUUCUGCUGCUAUUACAACAAAUGCAUGGUUGAUUACAGCUGGAACAAAUGCUGGCGUCGUUAAAGAAGUUGGUGAAGCUCUUAAUAACUAUCGUUAUAAAAAUCGAAAACAUAUACUUGAUAUACCAUGUAUUGGUAUUGGUAGUUGGGGUUAUACUGCAGGAAAUGAUCAAUUUGACGAUCAACCUAGGAAUUUUCCUAUAAAUGAAAGUAAUACAAAACGUACACGUUCAUUUAUGAGAGAUCAUCAAAAACGAAAAGAUCAUUCUGUUCCUAUGGAUAACGAUGAUCAAUAUAUUGUUCGAAAGUAUAUUGUUGAAGAAAAAAAGUCGGGACAAUGUGACUUAGAACCAAAUCAUACACAUUUUUUAUUAUUUGAUGAUGGAAAAGAAAAUCCUGAUGCUGUUCUCCCAUUAAGAGCAGAAAUUGAAAAAUAUUCACGAUAUACUAGUCUAGAAAAUACAAUAGAGGAAACAGUAGAAUCGCCUAUACCUAUUGUUAUGGUUUUAGUCGAAGGUGGUCGAUCAUCAAUUGAAACAAUUUGUCAAGCACUUGAAUGGAAUACUCCCGUUGUAGUUAUCAAAGAUUCAGGUCGUGCUGCUGAUCUUGUUGCUAAAUUGCAUGCUUGUUAUUCUGAUAGUGAGAAUGGCAAUGGUAGUGCAUGUCCUACACGGCCAAAAAGCGGUGUUGCUAAAGGUGGUUCAAAAGAAACAGAGAUCGAUGAAAUUUUGGCUAAUGCACAAGGUCAUAUUAAAGGAUUUGAUAAGAUUAAAAGUGAUUAUUGUCGAAUAUUAAAUGAACGUAAAAAAUUAGUAACAAUUUUUAAACUUGAUAGUCAACAAUAUCAUGGCAAUCUUGAAGAUGCUAUUCUCGAAUCUUUAUUUAAUGCUGCAAAAUUUUCCGCUGAUGGUAAUGAACAACAUCGUCGAACUAGGGAACUUAAAUUAGCUAUAGCAUGGCAUAAAUUUGAUUAUGCUCGAAAAUAUCUUCUUACUGAUACGACUAUAUUGACAUGGAACAAAGACGAUCUACGAUAUGCUCUUGUCAAUGCGCUUCGUCGUGGUCGUGUUGAUUUUGUUGAAUUACUUAUUGAAUUUGGUACACCACUUGAAACAUUGACAAAUGGAGAUCUUAAACAACUUUACACAAUAACAUCGACUAGUAAUGGAUUACCAAUUAAAGGUAAACGAAAAGAUAAAAUAUCGAUAAAAGAUCAAUAUUACUUAAACUAUGUUGAUUCGAUCGUGUAUAAUACGAACAAACUCAAUAAUUUACCACAAUUAGAUGAUAAUCAUCCAUUAGCCGUUUUUCUUGGCGGUAAUGAACUUGCAACGUAUCUUUGUUCCAAAACUUGGAAUACAUCAAUAGCGCCAUUAUUUGGUGCACGAAUCUAUCGACGAGCCGCAAUAUUAGCACUUGAUUUAGAUCAACAACAACAAUAUGAAAAAAAUGCUGAUCAGUUUGAUAUUCAUGCUACUUCAAUUAUUGAUCGAUGUUUUGAUAAUGAUGAAGAGUUUGCUGUUGAUCUUUUAAAACGUUCUGCUGUUGCAUUUAAUGAUAUUGAUCCAUUACAAUUAGCUGGAGAAGCUAAUUGUAGAUCAUUUCUUGCAUCAAAAUGUAUUCAAAGAUAUCUUGAUAAUGAAUGGUUUGGAUAUAUCAAUUAUAAACGAAAAGCUAUUAAUUUCCGAAUAUUUCUUUGUUCAUUAUUUUUUCCUUUACUUCCAAUAUUUUGUUUUACUCUACCUUAUAUAGAAAAGCAUAAAAAUAUUACCGUAAGUACUCGAGAUCGUUCGAGAAUCAAUCAAUUGAAUACAACCCAUAAUGCUCCUGAAUCUGUUCAAUAUAAAAGAAAAAAUAAUAUUUCAUGGUUAGAUAAAAUAAGAUAUUUCUAUCAAGCACCUAUUGUACGAUUUUAUUAUUAUACGAUAUUCUUCAUUAUAUUUUUGGGUUUAUUCAGUUUUGUUCUUCUUGUUGAUUAUUUUCCAUUAAAUAUCUAUAAUGAAAAUCGAUCAGGCUUUAAAAAUUUACCAAUACCAAUAACUGAAAUAAUUCUUCAUAUUUGUAUGUGGAGUUUAAUUAUUGAAGAAAUUCGUCAAUUUUUAUUUAUGAAUUCAAAAAGAGCCUAUCUAUCAGAAAUAUGGAAUAUUAUUGAUCUUCUUGCAAUUAUGUUAUAUCUUAUUGGUUUUAUUACACGAUUUAUUGUUCUUGAAGUACCAUUUAUUAUAUCAAAGAAAGUUUUUUUAAUAUUCUUAUGUCUUGAUUUAAUACUUUGGUUUGUUCGUAUAUUACAUUUGUUUGCUGCUUUUGAAAAAUUAGGACCGAAAUUAAUUAUGAUUUUUAAUACGAUGAAGGACCUGUUAUUUUUUAUUUGUUUUAUUCUUAUAUUCUUAUUAGCAUUUUCCGUAGCAUCUUGGUCAUUAAUUACUACAAAUAAACAAGUUUAUUGGUAUUAUAAUAGUAAUGGAUCCUUAUCUAAUGUGACAGUAUCAGGUGCAGGUAGUGGUUUAUGGAAAUGGGAAAUAUUACGUCAUGUAGCAAAUUAUGGUGUUUGGAAAAUUUUUGGACAAGUAGAAUCAAUUCAUAAGACAGAUUCAUAUUCUAAUGUAGCUUUUGUAUUGGAUAUAAUAUUUGUUGCUCUUGCUAGUGUACUUCUUCUUAAUGUGCUUGUUGCCUUAUUCAAUGUAACAAUUCAAAAUGUUGAAAAUCAAUCUCAUCGAAUAUGGCGUUAUCAACGUUUUCUGCUCGUUAUUGAAUAUAAUAAUAAACCUCCAUUACCACCACCAUUUAAUACUGUAUAUUAUCUAUAUCAUAGUGUUCGAUAUCUAAUUGAAAAAAUCCAAAAGCGGCGCCAGAGACAUUCAAUUCUUGCCGAUGAUACAUUAGUAAUGAAACCAAGAAACUUGAAUGGAAAUAAUAUUCGAGACGAAUUUAAAGUUAGUGAUGCAAUGCGACGCGAAAAUGCUAUAGCUGAUGACUAUUGGAGUUAUACGUUAAAACAUCGAAAGAAAGAUCAAAUUGAAAUUGUAAUACAAAAUAUUGAACGAAAACUUCAUGAUUUAGAAGAACGAAUACAUAAUAACAAUAAACAAGUAUUAAAAUUGGUAUUAUUCGUUUUAAUUGUAUCUAUUGCUGUUCCUCUGCGAUAUGGUUCAACAAAUUAUCUAUAUGUUUUAAUGCGUCUACUACAUUCCACAUUAUCAUUGAAACAUUGUCUACUAUCUGAUCAAGCUCGACCAACACUCAGUGCAGAUUAUCGUGCCUUUGAAGAAAUAUUACGGCUGAACGCGAUAUCAGGAAUUGAUCCGUUAAGAGAUCCACUUUCUAUUGUCAAAGAAAUACGUUCAAGUGUCUCGUUAGCUGUUGCAAUUCCUAAACCAUCUCACUGUCAAAUUACUAAACAAGUGUUUGAACAUGAUGGACAUAUAGUAGAUGCCUUUUGGGUUAAUCAUCAUCAGAAAAACUUACCGAAAGAAUUCGAUAAAAUAGUACUUUAUUUUCAUGGUGGAGGAUAUUUGUCAGGUGAUAUUCGUAGUUAUAGUGGAUUUGAAUGUCAUUUGUCUCAACUUUUCAAUGUAACCGUACUUCAUGUGGAAUAUCGACUUAUUCCUGAGCAUCCUUUUCCUGCAGCUGUCGACGAUGCAAUUGCAAUCUAUCGUGCUCUUCUUCGUCAUAAUAUUUCACCAUCUCAAAUACUUAUUAUGGGUGAUUCAGCUGGCGGUGGCCUUGCUCUGCUAACAGUUCAAACUAUAAUUGCGCAUCAAUUGCCGGUACCUCGUGGUGUUAUUGUUAUCUCUCCUCAGACUGAUCUUUCACUAUCUGGUGAAAGUUAUACACGUAAUCGUCUUACGGAUGUAAUGCUCAAUACUGACAUGACCAAAUGGAUGGUCAAAGUACUAAUGGGCAUUAAUCAUCCUGAUUUAUCGUCGGACAAUCCAUUGUUUAGUCCUCUUUUUGGUAAAUUCGAAGGAUUUCCACCGAUGUAUAUUAUUGUAGGUACAGCUGAGAUAACAGAAGAUGAUUCCAGAAGACUUGUAAAUAAGGCUCAAGAUGCUGGUGUUGAUGUAACAUUUGAAGAAGGUUUACAUUUAAUGCAUAUUUAUCCAAUAUUUUUUCUCUACUAUCCCGAAGCACGAAAUACACUUAAUAAUGUUAACAAAUGGAUUCAAAAAAUCUAA